UCAGACACCUCGGUGGCUUGCUAGACAAGAUAGACGAACCAAUAAAGCUCUUUAGACGCUUUCGUAAUUAUUAGCCACUGUGUUUUAAAGCCUCUUCUGUCGUCUAGUUAGUUAGGUAUCCGUUUUAAUUUCAUAUUUACGGUGUUGUUGUUAUUAUUCAGCUGGCGGGCUGGUUAAGUUAGCAUUAGCUUAGCUAACAUCCCCGACCAUGUGGUCACUAAGCUACUCCCCUGCUAAAGAAGAAAGGGAUAUCACAGUAAAACAAGAAGUACAGGGUGAGGCCGUUACUGUGAAAGAAGAGGAAGACGCGUUCAGAGUGAAAGAGGAGGAGGAUGUUACAGUAAAAGGAGAGGAGGAUGCAGUUUAUGGCGUGAAAGAGGAGGAGGAAGUGAUGACUGUUACAUCGAAGAAGGAGGAGGAAGAAGAGGAGGAACCUGGAUAUCUGGGCCCGGUUUCCCAAACGCAUCUUAAGGCAUCCAAUGGUUCUAACGAUGAAUUUAGCCAUAAGAUGGUUUUAGGAAACCGUUCCCUGAUUAACACUAGAGAGAUACGGGACUAUCGUGGAUCCUCUGGGGAGCCUCAACAACCUCAUGAUGCUGACGAGGCAGAGAAGAGUCUCUCCAGAUCAGAACACCUCAAUAAACACCUGCAGAGAUCCACAGGGAAGAGAACUCACUGCUGCUCUGACUGUGGGAAGAAAUUCAACUCAUCAGGCAUUAAAAUGCAUCAGAGAACACACACAGGAGAGAGAACUUAUAGCUGUGAUCAAUGUGGGAAGAAUUUUACUACAUCUAGCAAUCUGACUGUACACCAGAGAAUACACACAGGAGAGAAACCUUAUAGCUGUGAUCAAUGUGGGAAGAGUUUUACUAGAUCUGGCUCUCUGACUUUACACAAAAGAACACACACAGGAGAGAAACCUUACAUCUGUGGUCAAUGUGGGAAGAGUUUUACUGCAUCUGGCUCUCUGACUUUACACCAAAGAACACACACAGGAGAGAACCCUUAUAGCUGUGGUCAAUGUGGGAAGAGUUUUACUACAUCUGGCUCUGUGACUUUACACCAAAGAACACACACAGGAGAGAAAUCUUAUAGCUGUGAUCAAUGUGGGAAGAGUUUUUGUCAAUCUGGCUCUGUGACUUUACACCAAAGAACACACACAGGAGAGAAACCUUAUAGCUGUGAUCAAUGUGGGAAGAGUUUUGUUCAAUCUAGCUAUCUGACAAUGCACAAGAGAACACACACAGGAGAGCCAAUGUAUAGCUGUGACCAGAGAUAAUCUGAUAAAAGUUCUCUGACUAAUCAUCAGAAAAUACAUGAAGGAGUUUUCAUGAUAUCAAUGAAAUGAUGUCACAAUGUAGAAUGAUGUAACAUUGUAGUAGGAGUAUUUUAAUGAUGUCACGAUGUAGAACCCUAAAUGUUUGUCCCCUGCUCUAUUGAUUUCAACAUGAUAUGGAUAUUAGCCUCAGGGGGAAAAUCCAGGCUCUGAAUUGGAAGAGUACUAUUUAUGUGAUUUAGUAAGUACACAUUAUCCCCAGAUUCCGUGUGGUUUUUGAGCUGUUAGUUUUAACAGGAAGUGCAACCUCAUCUCCUUCCUGUCGCACAAAUGAUUUUAGCAUGAAAUUAAUUAGUUAUGACAAAUAAGUGUUGCGUUCCUUUGUUUAGCGACCCCUACAUUUAAAUGCAUUCCAACAUCACGUACAACCUGAUUUCCCCCCUAAUUGAUAUCAGUGAUUUAUUGCUACUUGUCAAAACAGCGUUUCUGGAAAUAUGAUUAUUGUGGCAGAUGUUUGUGUAAAUAGCACAUGUUAUGUUUAGGUUUUCAAUUUAUCCCAAACUGUUUCUGCAUAUUGGUUAUUGAUUUGGACACGUUAAUACUGUGUUUUGACAUUGAGGCUAUCCCACCUAGCACAAUGUAAUUGAAAAGUUGUUGAAAAUAAGACUAUGCAAUCAAAAUAAAAUGAAUAUAUUUUAUUAUUAUACCAUGCCUUACCAUUAAGUUAAUUAUUGACAAUACAUAUUAACAAAGGGGUGUCUAUUUGGUUUUGAUCAUUCAUAUUUACAAUUCAUGUAACUUUUAGUAAUCAUAAUUAUUUAUGCAAUCAACUGACAAUUUACGGGUAUAAUUAUAUUGACAUUGUUGCCCUUCUUUUAGAAUAGCAGGUUUAAUUCUCAGAUGUGCCAAACCAAAUUUACUAGAGCAUGACAUUGGGGACUGGGUCCCGAUCCAACAACAUGCCUAUCUAGUGAACCCUGAGAAGAGAGAGAAGCUCCACAGUGAGGUGGAAAGUUACUACGGAUAUUGCAGGAGUUUCCUCUUGAAACCAGACAUGUCAGUGUUAAGGACAACUUGGUUGCUGAUUGUCUCAAGGGGGGCAGUCAUAGUUUUGCGUUUAGCCGUUGCGUUGCCAUGGAUCACAAUUUAUUUUGACUGCACGGUUUUCCGUAUUGGAGAUGAGUUUUGUUUGGGCUCGUUCCAAGGGGACAAGAGUUCUAGAAGCUGGUGAGUUUUAGGAAGACGACAGUUCUAGAAGCUAGUGAGUUUUAGGAUUCUAUAGAAAGAAAAAGGAGAAAAAAAUAAUACGAUUGCAUAUUAUUAUUUAGAAAUACGUGUUUUUUCUUGUUUUUAAUUGUUGACAGCCAGUAGACACCAUGUUUAUAUUGUAGAAGGUGAAGCAUUGUAGUUGAUUAUAUUAAGAAAUGGAAGUUGUUUUCUGUUGGUGGUGAGCAAACUUGUCCAACAAAAAUUAUAGGAUUUAUUUGUUAUUUUAAGGGGAAAGGUGUUCCAGGCUUUGGUUUUUCCAUUUAUGUUUUGAGGUUGUUCGUUAGCAUGUAGGGCGCACUGAUUGGUGUCACCUCGUUAGUCAGUAUGUGUUACACCUGUGCUGGCUUGUCCAUCUUGUUAGUGGGAAGGUGUUUCACCUGAGCUGGUCCAGGUUCUAUUUAAGAGUGUCUGGCCCAGUGUUCCAGUUGUCUUGAUAGAUGUGGAGAGUCAACACCUUUAGUUGCUCCCCCUUUUUGGUUUACUUCCUGUCUUUAAGUUUGGUGUCAGUUUUUCUUUUGUUUGCCUCUUCUUGGGCAGAUUUAGUGAGUCUCAUGGUGGGUGUCUUUUUUGUCCCAGUUGUUGUUACUAGUCAACUUUCAGUGGACACUGAGAGCAAAACUGCAACAUUAUGUUAUAAUACUUUUAUUGCAUCAAAUGGUUGUUUUAUGCAACAGAAUAGAGGGCUCUUAGAACUAUUGUGUCUGUGUUCUACUGAGGAGGGGCCUCUGGGAGAAAACAGACAGGAGAUUUACAAUGUCUUUUGGGUGAUAAAACCUGAAGAGACCACAUUCCAGGGCAUGAGUUACUGUUUCUGUUCUAUAUGGUACCAGGGAGAGAUGAACCCCUCCUAAAAAAAAAAUACCUUGAAUUUUGCAUUGCAUCAAUUAAUAUUUUAAUCAAUGGCAUUUCCUUAGGCUGCUCAUUAGUCUUUCAGUUGUUAGUCUUCUGUUUGUUGUGUACUAAAUAUUUCAUUUUUUAAAUUUGUUUUUUCUUGUGAAGCCAUUGUGUUGCAUCCAUGUUUGAAAUGUGCUGUAUAAAUAAAGCUUGAUUUGAUUUCAACAAAUGAA